AUGGUUGUGGUUGGACUUCUCGUAUGGGACGACGUGUACUGUAUCGGGCACCUACUCCACGUCGGCACUUCUGGAGACGUUGAGCACAAGGGAGGGCACGAAGCAGAUACAAUCCCUGGGCCGCGGCUCUACUCGGUGAAUCAGACACUCACAGCGGACAUCAUUCGCAGGUCCUGCCCACCGACCAUCAGGUCUGACGCCAUCACGGUCUUCUCCACAUCUGGGGGCACACCUCCUUACAGUGACCAGGGUGACACACCACAGGACCAAGUAAGAAAGGCCAUCGCUUCUACGGCGGGAACCUGGCCGGACCAGGUGCAGGGUUUCGGCCAGGCUUUCCGCUUCCCCUGGUUCCAGCUGAAGCAGGCCUCAGUGCAGGUCCACUUCCCAGCCUCGCACCACGUGGGCCACGCCCACCUUGUCUGGAUUGACCUCGAGCUUCCAGAGCCCACAGCAGUCAUGCCGGAAGAUCCACCUCCAGAGCUCCAGAGCCCUCCAGAGCCACAGGAAGGGCCUGCUCAGAGGCGAGCGCCUGGUCCAGCCAGACGCCCCGGCCUGGCCUGGCGCGGCCUGGCGCACAGCAGCACCUGAAGCCAGUGUGGGAGCGUCUUUCGGACUCUUGAUUUCUUUCUGCCUAAAAAGUUCUAAUUCGUUACGCUAAGUAAAUAGAUAAAU